UACUCCUCACUUCUUCCCAACCCAAAAUCUCCCACUACAAUAUCAUCAAUCUCAUUGAUCUUCCCCUUCAUUUUCUCAGUUUCCAAAUCCUUACCUAAUCAUGGGUGUCUUCAAGUAUGAGUCUGAAUUCACCUCUGUUAUCCCUCCAGCUAGGUUGUUCAAGGCUUUCGUUCUCGAUGCUGACAACCUCAUCCCUAAGAUUGCACCACAGGCAGUUCAGUCCGCUGAGAUCCUUGAAGGAGACGGUGGUGCAGGAACCAUCAAGAAGAUCACCUUCGGCGAAGGUAGCACUUACAGCUAUGUGAAGCACAGAAUUGAUGGCAUUGACAAGGAGAACUUUGUCUACAGCUACAGUGUGAUUGAGGGAGCUCCUGACUCAAUCGAGAAGAUCUGCUACGUGACUAAGUUGGUGGCAUCCGGCAGUGGUACCGUCAUCAAGAGCACCAGUGAAUACCAUGUCAAGGGUGAUGUUGAUAUCAAGGAAGAGCACGUCAAGGCCGGGAAAGAGAAGGCUUCUCACCUCUUCAAGGUCAUUGAGAACUACCUCUUGGAGCACCACGAUGCCUACAACUAAGUUUGGUUGAGCACCAUGCAUGAGCGCCACCUUCUAGCCAACCCUGAGGCCUAAAACUAAACCUCUCUCUAAGUCUACGAUACUCGAUGCUAGAGGCAAACCCGUGUCUCCAAAUUUGUAUGUUUGUGUGGUUUUCAUUUUUGUUUAUCUUUUAAAUCUGCCAAGUUAUUUUGAUUGAGUGCUGUACUUGUGUUUGAUUUCAUUCUCAAUAAAGAAAAUAAUACACAUUUGACUGUC